UGAGAACGAGUACCAGCGCUCAACUAAGGCAAGCGGGCUUGCCACUGUGCGCUCGCGCUACACAAAUGCAAGCAAAAUAAUUGGCAAAUGCUGUGACAGACAUGUUGAUGUGCCUCAAUACAUUGCUUACUCUCUGUGCUUAUCAAUCUGAGUUCUGGCAUGGGCGCUUGCUUAGCACUUCCUGGCGACCUCCUAAUAACAGAUCGUUCGGUGACCAUCUUCACUUCUUUCGUACUACAAAUAAGCACUUCGGUUUGAGUCAUGAGUUCACCCAGCUUGCUGGUCCGGCUUCGCCGGAACGGCAUCCUCUUCCAACGAGCGCUUUGGCAGCGGCAGCGAGGCCAGUGACAGGCUGCCACAACUUGAUAGGCCUCCUGACUCGUUUCACAUGGUCUCGAGACUACCGCAUCUGCAAAAGGAAAGCCAUCGGACGCGGAGAGUGCACCAUACUGAGACUACACCGAUGUGGCCAAGGGUUACAGCAUGCCCCUCUUUCCCAGGGGAUCCGAGGGGCGGCCCAGGCUGCAUCCACACCACCGAGCAGUUUGUCAGAUACGAGAUGUACGUCCGGCUAUACUCGCAAUGCUGUGGCGAGCCCGAAGAUGUUCAAUGUCCAUGCUAGCUUCGUGCAACGACGGAUUGGGGCUGGCUUGAUGCAAUCCUCAAUUUCAUCGCUGCAGCCAUCGUAUGUCCAGUCUGGCUGCAUGCUUGACUUUAUCGAAACUCUGUCUCUGUGGGACAGUCGUUGCAUGUUUAGCGCGCUGUACGCUGUACGCUGAUUACAUGGAUGCAAUCGCUGACGGCCACUUGACCAGCUUGAUCCAGGUACAUAAGGAUGUAUCUAGGAGGUCAGCAGAACCAUCGUUAGUGCGCAGCGAAUCAAUCAGGAAGUCGGCAAUUUUACGUACCGAUCAGAGUUCGGAGCGGCUCGCGCUUAGACUAAUCCUGGGUUUUGCUGUAGGCUCCGCAAGUUC